AAGGCAUGACUGCAUGUGUCCCGACCAUUUCCAGUCCCCUUUCCUUGCAGUACCCCAUGAGUAAGCUGUGGCGGCGCGGAAGCACUUCUGGGUCUAUGGAGGCCCCUGAGCCGGGGGAAGCGCUGGAGUUGAGCCUGGCGGGUGCCCAUGGCCACGGAGUGCACAAGAAAAAGCACAAAAAGCACAAGAAGAAACACAAGAAGAAACACCAUCAGGAAGAAGAAGCCGGGCCCACGCAGCCGUCUCCUGCCAAGCCCCAGCUCAAACUCAAAAUCAAGUUGGGCGGGCAGGUCCUGGGCACCAAGAGUGUUCCUACCUUCACUGUGAUCUCUGAGGGGCCCCGCUCACCCUCUCCCCUUAUGGUUGUGGAUAAUGAAGAGGAACCUAUGGAAGGAGUCCCUCUCGAGCAGUACCGUGCCUGGCUGGAUGAAGACAGUAAUCUGUCCCCCUCCCCACUUCGGGACCUGUCUGCGGGUUUAGUGGGUCAGGAGGAAGAGGAGGAACAGAGGUGGCUGGAUGCCCUGGAGAAGGGGGAGCUGGAUGACAAUGGAGACCUUAAGAAGGAGAUCAAUGAACGGCUGCUCACUGCUCGACAGAGAGCUCUGCUCCAGAAGGCGCGGAGUCAACCUUCCUCGAUGCUGCCGCUGCCCGUGGCUGGGGGCUGCCCGGCCCCCGCCCUCACCGAGGAGAUGAUGCUGAAGCGCGAGGAGCGGGCGCGGAAACGGCGGCUGCAGGCGGCGCGGCGGGCGGAGGAGCACAAGAACCAGACGAUCGAGCGCCUGACCAAGACUGCGGCGCCCAGCGGGCGGGGAGGCCGGGGAGCCGCGCGGGGCGAGCGNCGGGGAGGGCGGGCCGCGGCCCCGGCCCCCAUGGUGCGCUACAGCAGUGGGGCACAGGGUUCCACACUUUCCUUCCCACCUGGCGUCCCCGCCCCCGCGGCAGUGUCCCUGCGGCCAUCUCCAACAGGCCCCCCUCCGCGCUGCUCGGUUCCCGGCUGCCCCCACCCACGCCGCUACGCCUGCUCCCGCACGGGCCAGGCGCUCUGCAGCCUUCAGUGCUACCGCAUCAACCUGCAGAUGCGGCUGGGGGGACCCGAGGGGCCCGGAUCCCCCCUUCUGGCUACUUAAGGUCCUUACCUAACCCGGACUCUACGCCCUCCCGAUGCCCCGUUUUCAGUGUCUUCCCACCCUAUUAAAUUGCAUAUGGUGC